UUGGCGGAUGAUACGAAUUCAUUAUUAAAAUCGGCAACAAUGCGACAUUUGGAUAAAUUUGCUGGCGAUGGCCUACGAACACUUUGCUUAGCGAGAAAGUCAAUUAGUGCGGCGUAUUUACAAAGCUGGCAGAAAAAACAAAAAAAGGCAGUCGUUGAUCUGGUUAAUCGUGAGCAAAAAUUACAUGAUCUUUAUGAAGAAAUCGAAAUGGGUAUGGAAUUGCUUGGUGCAACUGCAAUUGAGGAUAAAUUGCAAGACGGUGUGCCGGAAACAAUUGCAAAGUUAUCUAAGGCCAAUAUCAAAAUCUGGGUUCUAACUGGUGACAAACAAGAAACUGCUAUAAACAUCGGUUAUUCAUGUCGGUUAUUAACUGAAAAUAUGAAGGAAGUUUUUGUUAUUGAUGGUGAAAAUGAACGCGAAGUGGAAGUCCAAUUAAAAGCUGUACGGCGUCGUUUGGAAGAAGCUUUUGGUCCGGUAAGUUUUAUUUUUAUCUCUUAA